UCAAACGUCAAAUGUCAUCGUAAAUUUGGCAAUCUAGUUCCUUUUGCUUUCAAGGUUCGCUCGUGGACGGAAUUCCUUUUGGGAAAACAUCCAAGAAAAAGGAAAAAUGGGUUUUCAAAACAUCUGGUACUCUCACCCCCGUAAAUAUGGACAGGGCUCCCGUUCCUGCCGUGCAUGCUCCAACAGACACGGUUUGAUCCGGAAAUACGGUCUCAAUUUGUGCCGUCAGUGCUUCAGGGAAUACGCUAAUGACAUUGGUUUUAAGAAGUUCUAUUGCUGGUUGGUGCAUCGUUCAAAAAAUUCUCUUAUCCCUGAGUGUUAAAAAGAGAAACAUAAAGUUGCAAGGGGAAAUAAUUAUUUAUGUGAAUUUUCUAUUUAAAGUCGAAGAACAGUAAAAACAAGAAAGUAUUAUUAUUAGAGGUGCAUGUAAUUUAUGUUUUUUUUUCAAUGUAAACAUUUCUCAUAAGGCACAUACAGAAAUUUCAUGUUCUAGGGAUCAAAUGAGAAAUUUUGUGAACAUUGUAAACUUUUUAAUUAGGUUGUUGUCUGGCUAUAACACAAAUUUAGUGGUAUAUUCAGUAAUUGAGUAAACAAUAAAACAUUGUUAUUAUUCAUUUUA